AUGGCCUUGACAAGACUGUCAACCCACAACUCGUCUUCGACGUUGGACGCCGCUGAAUACCAUCCGCAAGAACUCAAUGCCUCCGACCUCAACACCGAUGCCCGGUCGCUGGUGUCGCUCUCGCUGGCAGAGGACUUUGACGGCACUUCUGCCAAACUCAAGGUCACCCGUACCGAGACGGUGAAGUCGCUUGCUGAGCUCGGGGUGCUGCGAGAUAUCCCGGUGCCGGACAUUAAUGCCCCCCCGGUGACCGACCCCAUUUUCCCGGAAGAAUACACCCUCGAAACCGAAACUGGCUUGGUGCCAGUCCAAACCCUCCAGUCGAUGGGGCGGGUCAAACUGAGGGUGACCCGGCGCCGGUCGCAGAUCCUCGCUCAGGAAGCCGACCUGGAUUUCGACCCGGCGAAGAUCGCCCAAUUGGAAAAGGAAGAAAGCGAGGAAAUGAGCGCUAAGAUCAACAAGCUUGAAGAGCUUGAUCCUGAGAUCCAGUUCGUCACUUUCACUCCUGGUGACCCUGAAAACCCUCACAACUGGAACUCCACCUUACGCUGGAUAUACACGAUUAUCCUCUCCAUUCUCGUCAUUUGUGCUGCUUACGGGUCGUCGCUGAUUGCCCUGGGUUUGUUUUUGAUCAAUGAAAAAUUCCACGUUUCUGAAGAAGUGUCGACGCUCGCCUGUUCGUUGAUGGUGCUUGGUUUCGCGGUUGGCCCUUUGAUCUGGGCUCCUUUAUCUGAACAGAUCGGCAGACGCCCCGUGUACAUCAUUUCGUUUGGUCUCUACGUCAUCUUCAACAUCCCCGUCGCCUUAGCGCCCAACAUCGGGACCGUGCUCGUGUGUCGUUUCCUCUGUGGCGUGUUUUCGGCCCUGGCGCUUACCAACGUCGGUGCCUCGCUUGUCGAUAUCCACAACGAGACGCGGUCGUUGGCCAUCGCCUUCUUCUCAUUCGCUCCCUACUCGGGUCCCGUGUUUGGCGGUGUCGUCAACGGGUUCAUCUCCGUCGACUCCGGCCGCUACGACUUGAUGGUGUGGGUGAACAUGGCCUUCGCCGGGGUGAUGUGGAUCAUCGUGGCGUUGAUCCCCGAGACCUACGCCCCCGUCAUCCUUAAGAAGCGGGCCAAGCGUCUCCGUAAGGAAACCGGUAACCCCAAGAUCAUGACCGAACAAGAAGCCACUCCCUUGUCGGUGAAGGAACUUAUCAAUGACUGCUUGGUGCGCCCGUUGAAAUUCGUCGUCACCGAACCCAUUCUUGUCCUUGUUUGUGGUUUUGUCGCUUUGAUUUACUCGUUGCUUUACGCCUUCUUCUUUGCUUACCCCGUCAUUUUCGGCGAAUUGUACGGUUUCAAAGAUGACAAGGUCGGGCUCAUGUACAUCCCCAUUCUUAUCGGGGCCGGGUUAGCCUUGACCACCACCCCGAUCUUGGAGAAGAAGUACGCCGCUCUCGUCAAACGCCGCAAGCCCGAACCCGAAGACCGGUUGGUCGGCGCCAUGUUGGGGUCGCCUUUCCCCUGUAUCUCGUUGUUCAUCUUGGGGGCGACUCUGUACAAGCACAUCAUUUGGGUCGGACCGGCGUCGUCGGGGAUCGCCUUCGGCUACGGGAUGGUGUUGAUUUACUACUCGUUGAACAAUUACAUCAUCGACACUUACGCCAAGUACGCCGCCCUGGCGUUGGCGACCAAGGUGUUCUUGAGAUCCGGCGGUGGUGCCGCCUUCCCCUUAUUCACCACGCAAAUGUACCACCGGUUGGGUUUGCAGUGGGCGUCGUGGUUGUUGGCGUUCAUCUCCUUGGCCAUGAUCGCCAUCCCCUUCAGCUUCUAUAAGUUUGGCAAGCAGUUGAGAGCCAAGUGGUGUAAGGAAGACUACACCGUUGGCAUUUAA